UUCAGUGGAUUACAGACCAUCGAACGGUGCAAACGGUUACGUAACUCGCGACGGUAAUUUGUGUCAACGAACCUCCACAAAGAGUAGGAGAAUAAUUAAAUGUGCGUUCGGAUCAACAUGAUCUCAUUAUGGAGUCGUUGGAUCGCAUUAUUUAUCGGAGGAAUAACGCUAGGAAGCGGACAGAGACUAGAUGAAAUAAUGAAGAAUGAUCCUGAUAUAUCUCAGUUCUAUGCUUACAUGGAACCAUCAAAAUCGGCGAACUUCACGCUGGGAAAUAAACAAUGUACCAUAUUCGCGCCUAUCAAUGCGGCUUUCCAAAAAUUGGGUGAAGUUAAGGGAGAAAUCGAACCAUUAGUUUUGUAUCAUAUGCUUAACAUUCCGAAGACUACUGAUCAACUAGGCAGUUCUUAUACAUCUCUGUUGACGGAGCUGUCAGGAAGUCCGCCGAUUUGGAUAACUCAUGUCACUGGAAGCUACCACAAUGAUAUAUACGUGAACAACGCGAGAAUAUUGGUCAGUCAAUCGAACGUAAAAAGUUCCGGUACGAACUUAUUGCAGGUGCUCCAUAAAAUUGACGAAGUUUUGAGUCCAACGAUAUCGCCGAGUUCUGUAUCAAAUCGAAUUUACAAUCCAACGGCUUGGGAAUUUUUAUAUAGUUAUGAUUCGUUUAUUGAGAAUAGUCAAACGCCGUUUAGAAUUAGAAAUUUUCUUCAGAGAGUUCAACAGAAAGGCAAACAAGACAUCUUUAAGGACGAAGGAGGACAUACUUUUUUCAUUCCAAUUGACGAGGGUUUUGGGAACGAUAGGGCGGCUUCUAUCGACGAGAAAAUAAUCGAUGGUCAUGUGAUACCAAAACAAGUGUUAUUUACAACCCCAACGAGAAAAGAUGUUCCAUAUCAAACACUCGCCAACGGAGACAAUACUAUCAGGGUAGUCAUUUCAUUUACCCAAGAAAAAAGAGGCUCGGAAAUUGUCAAUUAUGUUAAAAGUCACACACUUUUCGGUGACGGUAAUCACACCCCCGGCGUAGUUCUCGCGCAAAUAGUUAAAGCCAACAUUCCAGUUAAGAACGGUGUAGUUCACUUGAUCCAAAAACCACUCAUGGUGGUCGAUAGUUCCGUGAGGAAGUUACUAGAAGAGCAGAUGGAUUAUAUUUGCAACGUUGGUAACGUUGCUAGACACGACAAUAUUCCCGAAUAUAUCCAGGAUUAUGAGCCGGAUUACUACCAGAGAUUCCCCGAAUUCAUACAACAACCUGAACAGGAAGGACGCAUCCUGAGCAACUUUUUCAAAGCUAUCCAAGACGCGGGUAAAGAGGGAGAAAAAUUAUUGGAAACGUUAGACAAAGGACACGACGUAACUUUAUUCGCUCCUUGUAAUAAAGCGAUGGAAGGCGAUUUAAUUUUGAAAAAACUUUUAGAAGACCCCACUAAAUUAAUAGAUAUACUCAAAAUGCACGUAAUCGUAGAUAGCAGAUUAUAUCUAGAGAAGAUAUUCCAAGAAGGACAAGUUAGGCCUUUUCAAUUCCCUACUUUGAAUACUGGAAAAAUUCUCUACUUCAACGUCGUUUCCUCGAACACCAACAGAACGUUAUCUGUAGAAGGAGGUGGAGUAAACGCGACUGUUAUCCAACCCGAUCUAGCCGCAACCAAUGGUAUUAUACAUAUCAUAGAUAGAGUCCUAGGAGUACCUUACAACACCAUAUUGGAUAAGCUAAGGGCAGACCCUAUGCUUUCGUUAACAUAUGAACUAGGAAAUCUUCAGAAUUUCAACUAUCAAUUGAACAACACGAAAAAACAAUUCACUUACUUUGUACCAUCAAAUAAAGCAUGGAAAGAUGCCGAAGUUGAUCUGCCAUCUGCCAUUAAGAAAGUAUUCAUGAAAGAAUACGCUUUUCACGCGACGGCAACAUUAGAACGUCAUUUGGUUGUUUCUAACGAAUCUUAUACCAUGGAAAGGAUCAAACAAUUAUCCAAUGCUACCAACACUUACGGAACGUUCGGAACAAGACGUGACGUGAAUCUGCCAACGACUAGAGGCUCUUUAGCACUUUACAUCGAAGAAAAAAAAGAUAACACUAAUCCAGAAUCUGAAAAUACAUCAUUCAUUAUCGUGUGGAAAGGUCGCAAGAUACCAGUUUUCAGACCGAAUGUCGAAUGUACCAAUGGUAUAAUUCAUGUAAUCGAUCUUCCUAUGAUACGAGAUGAAGAUAUUAUAGUCGCUUCUGCAAUCACUUUUGCUCCUCAAGUAACUAUAUACUUAAUAUUUUUAUUAUUAUUAAUAUAAAAAUAAAUUUUGUAAAAUGUACAUUACAUCGUUCAUACAGGGUUUUUGUAAACAUUUGUAAUUACAUAAGAUGCAUAUGUAAUUAUAAUAUGUAUUAUAUACACUUCUAAUCAUUUUUUAAUUUAGUUUAUUUUAUAUAGGUUCUUCGAAAAUUUUUAUUAAUAUAAUAUUACAAAAACUCUGUGGAAAUUUCAUUACGUUCCUAACAGGUUGACUGCCAUUUCUCAAUCAUUUUGUAACACUAUCGAAUAGUCCCAGUUCCCAGUCCCAUAGCAUAAAAAAAAGUAAAAUGAAGAAAUAAAUGCAGACAGAGACAAAAUAGAAGUCAGCGGUUUUAUUCGAAUUAAAUAAAUAAAAGAACGGUUAAAUGAGAUAAAAUCAAUAUGGGAAAUUCUUAAACAGGACUAGAAUCAUUGAAAUAUGAUCAACAAUUAUGAAAUCUUUGGAUAAAAAAUGAUUGGAUAUAGAAAAACAGUGAAAUUUUUUAAAUAAAGGGGAAACAACUCCAAACAGUUAUUUCGAAAAAUAUAAAAAUAGAGGUUAUAAAAGGAGAGAAAUUAAUAAAAAUGUGAGAUUUUUUUUAAAUAAAUUUCUUAAAUUUUUGUUUAUGGAGCUCAGAACAAAGUUGAAGACCGAAGCUACCAUUAAAGAUAAGAAAAUAAUGUCUGCAUUCAAAUUGUAGAAUGUAAGAAUUAUGCAAAAUUGAUUGCAUAUCGUUAAGUUGCUGUAUGUCAAAGACAAUGGACGCAACCAAUCGAAAGAUAAUGGGAAAAUCAGUUGAAGAAGGUUUUGUUUGGUUAUGAGAAGAAUUUACAAUGGAUUUUGUGUUUACAUCCAUACUAACCCCUUGAAGAUGUCUUCGGAUCGAAUACUUAUAAAGGUCCUGAGAUAGACUAUCGAGUGACUUGGUGUUUGGUUGAAAGCUUGUAGAGGACGCUAAUGGUUCAAUCAAAAAUAUAACCACGUCUUAUUUAAUUUUAUUAAGAGUGUUAAGAUCUGGAGGCGAUCCGAUAAGUCGUUGUAGUCCAGUAGCUUGUGUAUAGUUAUGUAUUAAUUUUUUAAAAAUGUUAAUGUAAUAAGUAAUUUUUUAUCUAUUAUUUACUUGAACAGUUUAAUCUCGGCGGUCUUCCUGUUAAUAAUGAGUCUAGAUUAAAAUCUAAAGAUGAUGCUUUGGGGACUUAGGCCCUCAGAGCCUGAAAUCAAAAUUUGUGAAUCAGCUUUUUAUCAAAAAUUUCCAAAAUGUUACUACUUGCUAUUAUUUCUAUUAUAGUAGAAAAAAUAAAAAAUUGUAUUAAAUUUUGGAAUUUGACAAUAUUAGAUGUGAUAUUAAAAAUUUUAAAAUUAAAUUUUGAUGAAAAGUUGACUAGUAAAAUAAGCCUCUCCCCCCAGUUUGUCCCCCGUUAAUAAUCUAUGGACGUACUACCAGAACAAAAUCUGCUAUUUUGGUUUAUGAAUUUUUUGUUAAUUGAUCCAAAAAAGGCUGAAAAUAGCCACCCGAUUUUGAUUAUUGAAAAAUCUCUUCAAUAUCAACUUUUUCAUUGCUUCGUGGGGAGAAACCGACUGUUUCUUGUAUGCUGUCCCCUCCCACCAUAGUCUUUUGAAAGUUGGUACUUCAUUAGACAUCUGGACUUGAAAAUUGCGGCGCCAUCUGUGUGUCAGUCACACAGCUUAUUGAGUGAAGUGUGGGGUACUACGCCGAGAAAGUCACACUGGCUCGAUUAUAGGAGGGUGUCGCAAUGAAAAGGUUAAGGUGAUUUUUUUUUAUUGUACUACUCUUUUUAUUCUUAAGUAAAAGUUUCAAAACUCAUCUGCUACAAAUGUUUAGGUAUCACAAUGUUCGAUUUGCUUUAAAAAAAUGAAUGAAUGUAAUUUUCAUGUAUUUAUCAUAACAAAAUGAAUACCUAAUAAGAAAAACUAUAAAAAGACUAACAAAGUAAUAAAAAAAUGAUAGGCUAUGAAAAGCUAAAAAACAUCAAAAGUUUUGAUGAAUAUUUAAUAUUUUUCGAAAUAAAACUCUAUGUGUAUCGUAUAAUAUAUAAAAAAACGAUUAUUUGGAAAAAAAAAACAAUAAUUGAAUAUCAAAUUUAAACAAUUUUUGCAUAUGAUACGAAAUUUUUUAGGUUAGGUUACGAUUCCGAGUUUUUCGGAAUACAACCGUGGAUAAAAAACGAUCAAUUUUUAAAAAAACAAUAAUUGAAUAUCAAUUUGAAACAAUUUCUACAUAUGAUACGAAAUUUUUUAGGUUAGGUUACGAUUCCGAGUUUUCCGGAAUACUUUAAAACGUCAAUUUUGUUAUAUCAAUAAUCGUUUUUAAAUUAUACCUCUAUAAAAACCAAUAAUAUUUAGAUAUAAGAAGUUAUUUAUUAUUUUAUUUAGUUGGAAUAGAUAGAAUUGAGACUUUUCAGUAACCAUGAUCAUGAUGUGAAUAGUUUGAAAACUAAUCCGGAUCACUUUCACUAUCAUACAGGAAUCAAAAGAAGAAAUCAUUUCUAACCUAUAUUUUAUUAAUAAAUACUACCAACAUUACGCUUUCUGAAAAGUUUCCAUCUAAAAAAAUCAAUUUUUUUCAAAAGAAUCAGUUUAAGAACCGAUCAAUUUUGAAUUCGGUGUUCGUUAAUUGGUUACCAAUCGAUUCGGAAUCAACCGCGAAUAAAUCUUUUAUUUCCGAAUAAGAUUUUUAUUUCAACGCGAAAAUGUAAAUUGUAAACUUUUGUAUAUGCCGAACGUAUCAAAACAAUGCUUAUCGCUUGCUAUUUUAUUUGUAUAUAAGAAAUUAACGUGUAAAGUAAGGCAUACACGGUACGGUCCUACCGGAGGGGUUAACUGUCAACAUUUAUCUGCGCGAGUACACUACACCAACACCGACAAUUAGGCUUUAGUUAUACUGGAUGCGGGUCCGUGCGUUUUUUUCACGUGUCAAUUGCUUUUAUGAAAUCAAGAAAUGCAUCAUCUUCAGCAGCUUUUUUCUGGGUCCAACGCAUUCCAAAAAGUUCAAUUUUAUUUAGAAUAUAGUAGAACGUACAUUAUCCUGUUGAGAACCGUUUUCACAUAACAUCAAUGUAGUGGCGUUCAUUUUGACUGUCAGAGUACAAAAACCUGCAUCCAGUAUAACCACGGCCUUACACUGUUUUUGAAGAUGAUAACUAGAAAAUCGAAACGCAUAGGUCAACGUCUCCAGCUAACCAUAUCGUGUAUGAUAACUGUAAUAAUUUAAUGUGAAUGUAAUUUUUUGUCAAAGUAUUUAUUUAUCACUGUUAGUUAUAUUAAAAGAAUUUAAAUUGCAAAUAAGGGAAGAAUAAAAAUAUUGAUUAAAAAUCUAAAAAAAUACUACUAAUUCUAAAUAAAUGUUUCGACUGUAUUUUCAAUCAUAUUUAAGCUUUUUUAUGAUUAAAGUGUGAAUUGAGUUGUAAAUAUUUCUAUUUUCAAUAAAGCAGUCUAUGCUCUAA